AAGAAAGAAACCCAGGAAAGUGGAAACCAACCACCACAAUAAAAAAUAGAAGAAAAGCAAAAGCAAAAACAAAAAAAUAAAUAAAAACUCAGAACCCAAGAAGAGCUUCGGAGGGAAAAUGGGUCUCUCGGAGAGGUUGAGGCUGAAGCUGAGCUCGGUGGCGGUGGUGGUUGUAUUGGUGGGCAUGGUGGCGAGCUUGGCAGAUGCGCAGGAAAACUCUUGCGCUAACAAAUUGGUUCCUUGUGCAUCGUACUUGAACUCAACGACUCCACCACCUGCGUGCUGCAACCCACUCAAAGAGACGGUGACCAACGACCUUGACUGCCUCUGCACUCUCUACAACACCCCUGGUUUUCUUGAAAAUUUGGGCCUUAAUAUCACUCAGGCUCUACGACUUACCCAGGCCUGUGGCGUCCCCGCCGACAGAGUCCAAUGCAAUGCUACAGGUCCCUCUCCUCAAUCUGUUCCACCACCCCCAGGAGUUCCAGGCAGUGAUGCACAGAUGAUCGUGUGGACUGGAAUUUAUACUCUGCUCAUAUUUUUGGCUUCUAUGAUGUUUUACUAGGUUAUAUAUAUAUAUAUAUAUAUAUAUACAUACAUAUUACCCUUCGGAAGCCUAUACAAUUAUCUGAAGUAAAUAAUGCUGAGGUCAUUGCAUCAUUAAGAUUUGGACAUGGUUUAAGGAUUAUUUUGUUACUGGAUCGCAUCCUUUUUUUUUUUUUUUUUGGCAUUGAUUUUAUAUUUAUGAUAUAAUUGGUCUGCAUCGGUACCCUUGAUGUAUCACUGAGUUAUGUAAUACAAGCAACUUUCAAUUUGUUUCUUUUAUAA